AAUAAAGGUUGCUGUUCUUUCGCCCAUCGGAUGUCGGCCUGUUGCUACAUCAAAUGCAGCUCAACGAUACAUGGUGUCAGAAGUGCCAGGCGUGCCCGACGACGCCCUAACGAGAGUCAAGUUUUGGGAACUACGGCACGGAAAUGGAUCUUCUGAAGCCUCCAGACCCUCUGCGUAUCACAGGCGACAUCUCCAAAAACUGGCAGCUAUUUAAGCAAAAGCUAGAGCUCUACAUUGCCGUAGUGAGACCCCAAGACAAGCCUCUGAGCAAUGCUGCAAAGACUGCACUACUGCUGACAUUGGCUGGUGAUGAAAUUCUCGAAAUCUUUAACAAUUUCGUUUUUAAUGAAGGUGAAAGCAGAGAAGAUUAGAAGACCGUCGUAGAGAAGUUUGACAACUACUGGAGCGCACAGACAAAUGAAGUGUGCGAGCGGUAUGAGUUCCGGAAGAGAAUGCAGGCAGCAGGAGAGACGUUCGAACACUUUGUACGCGACGUGAGGAAGCAGGCUCGGCAAUGCAAUUUCGAAGGGUUGGCCGACUCCAUGAUCCGCGAUCAAAUAGUAAUUGGAAUCCAUAAUGAGAAUUUACGCACGAAGCUUCUCCAAGACAACCAGCCGACAAUGGCUAAAGUGGAGCAAAUGUGCAAGGCAUUCGAAGCAGCAGCUCUCCAAAACGAAGCAUGGGCUAAAAAAGAAGAACAAAUAGACCCGGUGCAGAUGACGCAAGAAAAAAAGAUGGCCUCACGGAAAACCCAAGUGUUCCAAGUGCGGCAGGGUGCACAAGCCACGAAACUGUCCUGCUAUGGAAAAACGUGCAGGGUAUGCCAGUCAAAGAACCACUUCGCAGCGUGCUGUCGAAAGGCAGCGCAAGUCGGUGAACUGAGGGACGGUGAGGAUGACUUCAGCAUCUUGGACGUCUGUGUGGACUGCGUAGGAACAAAGCGUGACUGGAUGGUCAAGGCGAACGUUGGUAGUGAGCAAGUUUUUCUGAAAAUUGACACGGGUUCACAAGCAAAUCUACUGCCAUUUUCUAUCUACAAGAUCAUCAAACCAAGACCGCUCCUCAGACAGAGCAGUUCAACGCUAAGGUCGUACAGCGGAUCCACAAUCAAGCAUGUGGGCGUCGUCAGCGAACAAGUGGUCAUCGGGUGGCAAAGCUGCAUGUUGAGUUUUUUCGUUGUCAAGAAGGGACAUCAGGCGCUGCUUGGUCUGAACGCGACGGAACAGCUCGGAUUGAUCACCAGAAACGUGGAUACUGUAACAAACAGUUCUGAAAAACUUCUGCAGGAAUACAGCGCGGUUUUCCAAGGUACCGGCUGCGUCCAACGCCAAUACAAGAUGGUGCUCAAGGAAGGCUCAGUUCCAGUUGUACAAGCAGCACGGCGGAUACCCUUGACCCUGCGGGAACCACUGCGCAAUGAAGUGAGGCGAAUGGAAGAAGCCGGAAUCAUUGUCAAGGUCAACGAGCCGACUGACUUGGAAAGCCGCUCAUCCUGGCGGACAUGCUUUCAAGAGCUACAGUCCCUGACCCAGAAGGUGACGCCGCAGGUGAGGAAGACAUCGAAAUACACGCCGUGAGUAUGCUUGCAGAUAUUGUAACCGAUGUCACGCUAAAGCGGCUCGAAAACGCAACGGAUAAAGACCCAUACCUGUGUGGAGUAAAGGAGAGUAUAUAUGCCGGCGAAAGCAUAAGGGAGGGUUGACACCCUUUGCCAGUGAACUUUCUGUCAUCAAAGGAGUUCUUCUAAAAGGCAGCAAAGUAAUAAUCCCUGCGCGCAUGCGAAAGGAAAUGCUAGAGCGCAUUCAUCAAUGUCACAUGGGCCAGAACAAAUGCAAAGCAAGAGCGAGAAGAUGCGUGUUUUGGUCAGGCAUUAAUGGCGAAAUCUCUGCUAUCACUCAAAAGUGCGAGGUAUGCAUACGCCACGCAUACAGCCAACCAGCAGAACCACUAAUCAUGAAAUCAUCACCUGAAUACCCGUGGUAUCGCGUUGGUAUCGAUCUAUUCUACUACGGGGGGAAAUCAUAUCUAUCCGUGUAUAACGCUCUGUCGAACUUUCCAGAAAUUGCGCAGCUGGAGGACACGUCAUCGGCAACGGUCAUCGACAAACUGGAAGCCAUAUUUGCAAGAUAUGGAAUCCCGGUAGAAGUGUGGAGCGACAAUGGACCCCAGUUUGCAAGUCGAGAAUUUCGCCUAUUCGCGGACAAGUACGACUUUCGACAUGUGACAUCGAGUCCGGAGUUCCCUCGUUCCAAUGGUUUGGCGGAGAAGGGAGUUCAAGUGGUGAAAAGGAUUCUGAAGAAAACUAACGAAGCAGGCGAA